AGACAGAUGGUGUGAAUUCGAUCCAACCCAAUUAAAUUGAAUUCUAUUCUGACAUGAUUCCAAGCCAUCAGAUCCAGAGGAAGGGGCAUCACCUCAUUCCUUUAUUUCGUCUUCCUUUUUUGGUUGGGUUGGGUGCAGGGUCCCCAUUCCACCUAAUUCGCAUUCUCGGCACCUACCGUCACCUACACCAAAUUUCCCUCGUCUCUCUGUUUCCAUUUGCCAAGGUCCAAACCACGCUAUUAUUGGCCUUUUCUUUUCUUGCUUUAUGACUUCUCCCUUCUCCUUUCCAUCUUCGUCUGCCUUCCUUCGUAAAGAGUCUAGGCUCUCUGUUUCUCUCGGUCAAGCUCACGCGCUCAUCAAUGGAGGCGAAGUUGCUCCAAGCGGCGUCCCCUGCGUUCGCAACCCUUGUUGCGUCAAAGUUCUCGAGACCCAGCUGCCCUUUUGCCCACCAAACUGGGCAAAAUCCCAGGCUUAGAUCUCUCAGCUCGAGCACGCUGAAGAAAGGCAAUCUAUCUGUUAAAGCCUCUGCAACACACAUUGGACUUGCAACAAAAAAGAGGAUAGAUGAGAGUAAGAACUUGACCCUUGAUGCUAUAAGACAUUCUCUAAUCCGGCAAGAGGAUAGCAUUAUAUUUAGCCUUUUGGAGAGAGCUCAAUAUUGUUACAAUGUGGAUGCGUAUGACCCUGAUGCUUUCGCCAUGGAUGGGUUCCAUGGCUCUUUGGUUGAGUUCAUAGUGAAAGAAACUGAAAAACUUCAUGCUCAGGUGGGCAGAUACAAAAGCCCUGAUGAGCAUCCUUUCUUCCCCAGUGACUUGCCUGAGCCAAUGUUGCCUCCUUUGCAAUAUCCACAGGUCCUACAUCCUGUUGCUGAUACAAUCAAUAUAAAUAACAAAGUGUGGAAUAUGUAUUUUAGAGAUCUUCUUCCACGAUUAGUGAAGGGAGGAGAUGAUGGAAAUUGUGGAUCAACUGCCGUUUGUGACACCAAUUGCUUGCAGGCUCUCUCAAAGAGAAUCCAUUAUGGGAAAUAUGUAGCAGAGGCAAAAUUUCGAGCCUCCCCUGAUGCCUAUGAAGCUGCCAUUAGAGCACAAGACAGUGCCCAGUUGAUGAAUAUGUUGACAUACGAGACUGUGGAAGAGACUGUAAAAAAAAGGGUAGAGAUGAAAGCCAAAACUUAUGGGCAAGAGGUGUUAAUAGGGGUUGGGGAAGGUGCAGCUGAUCCAGUCUACAAAAUAAAACCAAGCUUAGUUGCCAAUCUGUAUGGAGACUGGAUCAUGCCUUUGACCAAGGAGGUCCAAGUUCAGUAUUUGUUGAGAAGGCUAGAUUAAACAAGUUCCAGCUGCUGUUUAGAAUUACAAAUAGAAUGUGUCAUUGCCAUUUUGGAUGUUGAUCCUGGUGUUAGUAAAUAUGUGUGAGGACUACGAAAAUCUUUCUCUCAAGUAAAAAUUAAUAUACCUUUUUUUCUAU